AAGAACAAUGACGAGGCAAAAUGGCGCUCAAGGGAACCGUUGUUGCAAGGGCCGCCAUAGUGGGCGUACUGUGCGUCCUGAUCGACGUCAGCUCAGAGGAACGCCAAGCGGCAACGUUGUUCUCCUUCUCGAUAUCCAGUCGACGCAACUCUACAGGUCACCGACACAUCAGGGCUAUCUUCAAUAUUCCAGAAAAUGGAAAUUCAAGCAAUUCUGAAGAUGCGUGGGUUGCUGUUGAACAAAAUAAACUCUCCGAAGAAAACAGGAAAAUUGUUCAACUUCUUACGACAAUUAUUGGUAGGCGAAACUUGCGAUAA